AUGUCUGAGGAAUCUCCGGCCGUCCCUGCCGUCGCCGCAAACGCUGGAGAUUCGCGACCCGACGCUGUUGAGUCUCAGCCGGAACCAACCUCAAACGAGCCCGUCCUCGAUCGGGCUGAUGGAAAGCCGACUACCAGUGAAGACAAACCUGCAGAGCCUACUGAAAAGAAACAUGAUGCCACUGCGCCCGCUGAGGGUGCGGAUACGAACGGCAAAGAGGAGGCCACGGAUGCUCAACCUGUCAACGGCACUCCUGCAGCCAAGCCUUCGGUGGCACGGCGCAAAUCGACUACUGGGGGUUCGUCAGCUAAGAAGCUGAACAAGAAGAAGUCGCAGCAACGUAUCCUUCAUCUCGACGCACAACCCGGAGAGUACUACCUUGCUCGCUUGAAGAGUUUUCCACCAUGGCCAUCUAUUAUCUGCGAUGAGGAGAUGCUUCCCCAAAGUCUUCUCAGCACUCGCCCAGUGACUACGAAACAGGCAGAUGGCACAUAUAAUGAAGCAUACGCUGACGGUGGCAAGCGAGUUCAUGACCGAACAUUCCCAAUCAUGUUCUUGGAAACGAACGAGUUUGCCUGGAUCCCAAACACUGACCUGACUCCUCUGGAUCCCGAGUCGUGCAAAGAAGUCAAUGAGAAGGGCAAACAGAAACAACUCAUCGCUGCGUAUCAGGUCGCUGCUGCCAACCACGAUCUCAAUUACUUCAAAUCCCUAUUGGCUGACCACCAGCGCGCCGUCCAACAGGAGCUAGAUGAGCGUGAAGCAGCCGCUGCCGAGAAAGCAGCCCUAAAGGCUCAGAAAGAAGCCGCCAAAGAAGAGAAAAAGAAGAAGCGAAAGAGUGUCGCCGCCGAGAACGAUGUGGAGAUGGGUGACGCUGAAGAUGGGAAAAAAGCAAAGGCCACUAAGAAACGCAAGAAGGACGUCGAAAGUGACGGUGAAGUCGAGAAGUCUAACAAGACUCCCAAAACCACCGCCAAACUCAAAUUGACCACUCCCCGAGAUCCCAACGUUGCUGAGAAGGGAGCCACUAACAAGGGCAAGAAGACUGCGAAGAGGAGCGAGGAGCCUGUUGUGAAGACGCCAGAACCUCCAAAGAUCGAUCCCAAGGAGGCAUUUGAGAGGAAGAAAAAAGACGUCCUUUUUAUCCGGCAUAAACUCCAGAAAGGACUUCUUUCCCGAGAACAUCCGCCGCAGGAGGAGGAGAUGGAAAAUAUGGCAACCUUUAUCACGAAAUUGGAGAAUCACGGCGAAAUUGAGGUGUCCAUUAUCCGUGAGACCAAGAUUCAGAAGGUUUUGAGAGCAAUUAUCAAAUUACCAUCAAUUCCCCGAGAGGAAGAAUACAAUUUCAAGAAACGAGCCCUCGAUAUCCUAUCUUCGUGGAAGAGUUUGCUAGAGUCCGACCUGCCUACCUCCGACAAGCAGGCUGAUGCUCAAAAGCUCAACGGCCUCGAGAAGGAAGAGAAAGACGGCUCUGCAAAGCCGGAAGCCCAGGCUGAGGUCGAAACCGCAAAAGAGGAGGUGAAGGAUGAAGUUAAAGAGAUAAGCGAAACAGUAGAAACCAAGGACACGCCAAUGCCUGAUGCUGAAUCUGGCGAGAAAGAGAAAGCAGUGCCCGAAGAGCCCGCUAAAGAAGAAGAAGCGCCUGUUUCCACUGAGGGAAAAGCAACCGAGCCAACUCCGGCAUAA